AUGGGGAGCGGGGCCAGCGCCGAGGACAAGGAGAUGGCCAAGAGGUCCAAGGAGCUGGAGAAGAAGCUCCAGGAGGACGCGGAUAAGGAGGCCAAGACGGUCAAGUUGCUCUUGCUGGACCGACCCGCCGAGUACCAACUCAACGACUCGGCCGCGUAUUACCUGAACCAGCUGGACAGGAUCACAGCUCCCGGAUAUCUCCCCAACGAGCAGGACGUGCUGCGAUCCCGAGUGAAGACCACGGGCAUCAUCGAGACCAAGUUCUCCGUCAAAGACCUGAAUUUCAGGAUGUUCGACGUGGGAGGGCAGAGAUCGGAGCGCAAGAAGUGGAUCCACUGCUUCGAGGGGGUGACCUGCAUCAUCUUCUGCGGGGCGCUGAGCGCCUACGACAUGGUGCUGGUGGAGGACGACGAAGUGAACCGCAUGCACGAAUCCCUGCACCUCUUCAACAGUAUAUGCAACCACAAGUUCUUCGCCGCCACGUCCAUCAUCCUCUUCCUCAACAAGAAGGACCUUUUCGAGGAAAAGAUCAAGAAGGUCCAUCUCAGCAUCUGCUUCCCAGAUUACGACGGUCCCAACACGUUUGAAGACGCGGGAAACUACAUCAAGACCCAAUUCCUCGACCUCAACAUGCGGAAGGACGUGAAGGAGAUCUACAGCCACAUGACCUGUGCCACAGACACGCAGAACGUCAAAUUCGUCUUCGACGCCGUCACGGAUGUCAUCAUCAAAGAGAACCUCAAUGACUGCGGCCUCUUCUGA